CGGUCUUCUCUUCUGUAUCUUCUCCCUUAUCUCCUCAGCGCGGAGUCUCUCUGAAACCCAAUGGCUGCUGUCGCUGGCUCCGUCUCCGGUUUCUCAUGGAGCUCCAAUCUUUCUGCCCGGCCUCCACCUCCUCGCCCUUCUCGCGCGCUCCCUCGCGGCUCCUUCGCCGUCCGGAACGCAGUUUCCGUGGAGAAGAUAUCUUACAAGCUUGACAAGUCCGAGGAGAUCUUCAACGCUGCUAAGGAGUUGAUGCCUGGAGGUGUAAAUUCACCUGUCCGUGCCUUCAGAUCGGUUGGUGGGCAGCCCAUUGUCUUUGACUCUGUUAAGGGUUCUCACAUGUGGGAUGUUGAUGGCAAUGAAUACAUUGACUAUGUUGGCUCCUGGGGCCCAGCUAUCAUUGGCCAUGCCGAUGAUAAGGUGAAUGCUGCAUUGAUUGAAACUCUGAAGAAAGGCACAAGCUUUGGUGCUCCAUGUGUAUCAGAGAAUGUGCUUGCAGAGAUGGUUAUUUCAGCUGUUCCUAGCAUUGAGAUGGUCCGGUUUGUGAACUCAGGAACUGAAGCUUGCAUGGGUGCUCUCCGUCUUGCCCGUGCUUUUACCAGCAGACCAAAGAUUAUCAAAUUUGAGGGCUGCUACCAUGGCCACGCGGAUUCCUUCCUGGUAAAAGCUGGCAGUGGUGUUGCAACCCUUGGCCUCCCUGACUCCCCCGGUGUCCCAAAAGCAGCCACUGCCGAUACUCUAACCGCACCCUAUAAUGACCUUGAAGCAGUAAAGGAACAUUUUGCUCACCAUAAAGAGGAGAUUGCUGCUAUAUUCAUUGAGCCAGUUGUUGGAAAUGCUGGCUUCAUUGUACCAAAACCAGAAUUCCUGAAUGGCCUUCGCCAGAUAACAAAAGAAGAAGGUGCUCUUCUGAUAUUUGAUGAAGUCAUGACUGGUUUUCGCUUGGCUUAUGGUGGGGCUCAAGAGUACUUUGGAAUAACUCCUGAUGUAACAACUCUUGGAAAAGUUAUCGGUGGUGGCCUUCCGGUUGGUGCUUACGGUGGCAGGAGGGAAAUCAUGGAGAUGGUGGCUCCCGCUGGGCCAAUGUACCAAGCUGGAACCCUGAGUGGUAAUCCAUUGGCGAUGACUGCUGGCAUUCACACUCUUACAAGAAUAAAGGAACCAGGGUGCUAUGAGUACUUGGACAAGAUCAGCGGCCAACUUGUCGACGGAAUUUUGGAUGCAGGAAAGAGGGCUGGCCAUGAGAUAUCUGGAGGUUAUAUCCGAGGAAUGUUCGGAAUCUUCUUUACAGCAGGGCCAGUAUAUAAUUUUGAGGAUGCGAAGAAGAGUGAUACUGCAAAGUUCGCGAGGUUUUAUCAGGGCAUGUUGGAAGAGGGUGUAUACUUAGCCCCCUCACAAUUCGAGGCUGGUUUCACAAGCCUAGCUCACACAGCAGAAGAUAUUGAGAAGACAAUUGCUGCUGCUGACAAGGUUUUGCGACGGAUUUAACUUGAGUAGAAUUUAGCAUCUUUUUUGGUUUUUGUCUUCUGUAUCUGUCCCCAGUGUUCAGUUUACUUGUAUGUUAGUAUUCCGGCUUAUCUGCUGCAAAUCCUUUUGUAAUAUUGACUAUUAUUGUGAGUGUUGUACUGAAAGCCAUCUCUGGUUUCUGAUGGUGGUACUGGGUUAAUGUAAUCUUGUAGGAAAUACAUGCAUCGUCUAUCAUGAAAUUGUAUUUAAUGGGACGGUGAAGAUUGAAAUUUGGCA